GGCACCUACACCUUUUUGAAUCACGAUACCAAUUCUAUGAAAAAGCGAAUUCUGUUAAUAGAGAAUGCAUAAUAAUUUCUCUCCCGUUCAUCACCAAUCUUUAUACUCUCCCGUUCAUCACCAAUCUUUCUGUGGUGAAUCGGUGAUUGAAGUAACAGAACAAAUUCUCUCGUUCACCAUCAUCAUCAAAACUCUUGAGUUCCCCUUCUUCUCAGACAACAUCCACUUCUGUAUCACAAAAAGACAAGAUUCCUUGUCCCUUUAAAGGCUAUGAUGGAUGUCAUGGUGGAGUUGGCGGUAAUGGGUAUGCCCUAAGUGCAAUCUAUAAACAUCUAACAGACAGGCACUUUCCUACAGUGGGUGAUAAGGAUACUUGCAUGGAGAGGAUAAGGAACAAUGCUGAGUGUUUCAGUGCAUGGGAGAAAGCCUUAUCUGCUAUGCAUUCAUGGCUCUUUAUUAAAUGUUAACAUAUCCAUGCAUGGAAGAAAUCAUGUCAUGAUUCAAGCCAUUCUUAUGAAGUUGUUUCUGGUCCACUCAAUGGCAGUAGGGUUGAAUUCUUAAUCCAUGAUACUGUGAAGCCUCAGACAAAUCUGGUUGUUACGGAUGACAAUGUUGUGGAUGAAGCGGCUACAGGUAAUCUUACUAUUGAGAUGCUUGACCUAAUUUUUCAACGGCGAAUACCAACUACGGUUAGUAUCCCCCCUCCAUGUAGGCUGCAAUUUUCUAGAACCCUGAAAACUACUUUAGAUAAUGUAUUAGCCAAACCCCAAGAUUUAGUUGCUUGGCUUCGGCUCCUACUUCUACCUGUGUGUAUAUUGAAUUUGUAUAUGCCUAAAAGCUCUGCCAAGGAGAAAUCAGGUACAAGGAAGAAGUUGCAAAUAGCAGCAAUCAAUCAGGCUUUGGUGACAUGGUUGGAACCAAAUGGAUGCUUCACAUUGGUUCAGAAAUUGCUGGAUUUAUCAAUGACAAAUAAUCAGCGCAAACAGUCUACCAAGGGGAAAAAGAAAGAUGCUAACCUACAGGCCUGUAGGAAAAAGCUGAGUUAUGGUCACUAUAUAGCGGCACUUCGUGUAUUAUCAUCCAAUGGAGUGGCUCCUUCUACCCCUGACACUCUCUAUGAGUUACAGCAAAAACACUCAUCGGCACCACCUCCAGUUAUCCCUUUGGACAAUAUCUCCGCAGCUGCAUUAUCUGUUAAUUCCAACUCAGUUUUACACGCACUGAAAAGCUUCCCGAAAGGAACUGCAUGCGGUAGAGACGGACUUAGAGCUCAACACUUGCUAGACGCUCUUAGUGGUGCAGCAGCAGCAGUCUCUGAUGAACUCUUACACUCCAUUAUUACUGUAGUUAAUUUGUGGUUGGAUGGCAGAUGCCAUACAGUUCUUGGGGAGUAUGUGGCCAGCGCACCAUUAACUCCCCUUCUCAAACCAGGCGGAGGGUUGAGACCCAUUGCGGUGGGUACAAUCUGGAGACGACUAUGUUCAAAACUGGCAGCUACAUCUGUGUGCAAGGACAUGACUUCGUACCUGGGGAAUUAUCGGUUUGAUGUGGGGAUACCGUGUGGCAGUGAGGGCAUACUGCAUUCUGCAAACAAACUAGUUGAACUGAAAGGUGGCCAAGAUAAUAUGAGUAUGUUGCUUAUAGACUUUACUAACGCCUUAAUUUGGUGGAUAGAACCGUAUUGGUCAAUGAGGUCAGAGCUAGAUGCCCUACCAUAUCUAGAUGGGUCGAGUUUUGCUAUGCAGAACCAGCUCGCCUUUAUUACAAUGACUCAGUCCUGUCAUCAGCAAAAGGAGUACAACAAGGCGACCCUUUAGGGACACUACUAUUUUCUCUCAUCCUACACCCACUGGUAAACAAGAUUGCUUCGGAAUGCACACUCGAUUUACAUGCAUGGCAUCUUGACGAUGGCACCAUUGCUGGAGAUACUCUAGAGGUGGCUAAAGCUCUUAGAAUCAUUCAAGAGGAAGGUCCUACAAGAGGCUUAUUUUUAAAUAUCAGCAAGACUGAAAUUUAUUGUCCAACAGUUGACCCGAGGAGAGAUAUAGCCGGUAUUUUCCCUGCCAAUAUUAGUAAACCCACUGAGGGUGUCAAGUUACUUGGAGGACCAGUGAGUACCAACUUACAAUAUUGCAGCAAUCUGAUUGUGAGUCGAGUUGAGAAGUCAACACAGCUUAUGAACACUAUCAAGUAGUUGCAAGAUCCUCAGAGUGAGCUUCUCCUUUUACGUAGCUGCACCGGUGUGUCUAAGUUGUACUUCACUUUACGUACAAAUUGCCCUUCAGCACUUCAACCAGCCACAAUACAGUUCGAUACAUCGUUGUUUCAAUACUUGCGACACUUAAUAGUUGGGGAUGGUGCUGGUUUUGGUGUGAUUCAGCAGCGCAUGGUUACUUUGCCUAUUAAAGACGGUGGAUUGGGUGUUUAUACUAUGGCAGACACUUCCAAAUAUUGUUAUUUAGCAUCAUGUGCCCAGACUCGACACCUGCAGGAUAUUAUCUUACAGCAUACAACCUCUUUUGAUGCAAGCCAAUAGUAUCAGCAUGCUUUGCAGGUAUAUAUUCAAACUUGUGGUUUAUCUCCUUCACAAUUUAACAUCAAUGAUGCUGCCCCCCAUUUCAUGAAAUCAUUGGCAGCGACAUACUUUGAUGUGAUUAAGAAGGAACUGCCCACCAAGUAUUCACUAUCUGCGAGGGAUAUUGAUCUUUGGCAAUGUAAUAGAACGAAGCAUGCUGUGUAUUUUCUCAAAGUUGUUCCCAUUCAUGGGCUUAAUCAAGCAGUCGGACCUCGUCAAUUUCGAGAAGUUCUUAACUGUAGAUUGGGUAUACCAAUGUCUGAGGAAAAUAGCUUAUAUUCAUGUUGUAAUCGUUCUAUGGAUAAGUAUGGCGACCAUGCUAUACAUUGUGCUAGUGCAGUCGACAUCAAAUUUCGACACGACAUGUUUCGUGAUGUUUUGGCGGAUAUUUGUUACAAAACCGAUGUGCCCGCACGCAAGGAGGUUUCCAUGGGUUUCUUAUCCGACACCGCUCAUGCCUCAAGGCCGGCAGAUUUACUUGUCUACAAUUGGGAAAAUGGUCGGGAUACGUGCUUUGAUGUCACGGGUGUCUCGCCGUUCACUAGUGCUAGAACUACUUCCUUCACCCCAGGACAUGCUAUUUCUGCGGCUGUUACUCGCAAAUGUAAUAAAUACCUAGACAAAUGCCUGACACACGGAUAUGAGUUUGGUGUUUUGGCUUUUUCAACAUUUGGUGAAUUGGGAGAAGAUACUUGUAUAUUUUUGAGUAGGUUGAAGAAUCGUCUUGCUAGUCAAGAUGCUAAUUCCAAAGUAGGAGGUUCUCUUUUUCAUCGUAUUGGUAUUACUAUUCAGAAAGGUGUUGGUGCUCAGCUUGUUGCUAGGCUACCAACAAAUUCUUUGUAACAAAUUUUAGUUGUUUUAUUAUUAUUAUUAUUAU